AUGGCCUAUACCGAUGAGGCUGUUUUGGCAAAGCUUUCUGCCUUGAACGAGACACAGGAAAGCAUAGUUACUGUCGCCCAAUGGGUAAUGUUCCACCGGAGACACGCAGAUCGCACUGGACAGUUAUGGCUCCAACGCCUCAAGGACUCCGGCAGUAAUAAGAGACUCAACUUGAUCUAUCUUGCAAAUGAGGUAGCACAACAAUCAAAGGCGAGGCGCAAGGAUGAUUUCUUGAUCGCUUUCAGUCCCGUUAUUGCUGAAGCGACGGCAACCGCAUACAAAGGGGCUACAAAUGAAGUUCAACAGAAAUUGAGGAGAGUGGUGGAGGUUUGGAGACAACGGCAGAUCUUUGAGCUUCCAAUUCAGGAGGCAAUCGAAGCUAGAAUUGAAGAGCUUGAUAAAUCACGGUCCUCGGGCAAGCGACCCCUUGGAGGCUCUAUCUUCUCCUCAAAUUCUGCUAGCAUACCCAACGAACUGGCACCUCUAGUCGAACCGCAGCAAUCGGUGACUAAACUCGUCCUGUCAACAAAGACCUCAGUCAAUGCCGCAAACCAGGAUUAUGACAAGCUUACCGAUCCAUCAGCAGCUGUUCCCUCCGCGCCUGUUCACGCUGCCCGACUAAAUGGUCUUCUCAAGACCUUAGCAAAUGCCGAAGGGGCCGUUGCCGAAAGUAUCAAGGCGCGUAAACUUCUCAUCGAAGGCCUCGAGAAAAUUCUGGACACAAAUCGCAACGCUCUGUUAUUAGAGGAAUCCCAGCUAGCCCAAAUCUCAAAUCGUCGAUCAGAAAUCGACGCCAAGAAAAAAGAUGUGGAGGACAGUAUCAUGCGUGGAUUUGCCUCUUCUAAUAGCAAUCCUGGUACUCCAGCUGGAGCAGGCAACGGUAGUCCAGGGGUUAGUCAAACGCCUGUUACCCCUGCUCCUGAACCAGAUCGUCCCGAGGUUGAGGCUUUGACUCCUCCUGGCUACCCGCAGCCGCCAGCAACUGAGCCUGUCCCUGAAUUGAACCUGGAGGCUUCAAAUGGCAAUGGCAAUGGCAAUGGCAAUGAUACCAUUUCAGCUCCACAAGCGUCUGUUUCACCGCCGCCACCGCCAUCUGCUGGUUCAGAUCUCUUGUCCAGUCUCUCAACAUCCACUACCUACACAUCAUUCGGCCAACCAGCAUCGACAUCUGGUGCAAGCAGUGUUAAAAAGCGGAAACUGAACUCAGGGGAUGAAUUUCCAGGUUUCGGUGGCGAAGACGCGAUGGAAGGACUAGAUGCUGAUGUUGCGGAGAUGUUGAGACGGGAUAGCGGGAAGGGAAAUUGA